ACUCUCUCCAUUGAUAUUUGUUUUUCUCUCCGGUUAUCAAUGACAACUGUGAAUUAACAUCACAGAGCUACAUUUCCAGGUGCUUUGCGUAUUUCCUGAAAAUCAAUCAUCUAUCGGAUAUGAUUGAAUAUAACAACGAGAUUUUGCGCGAGAACUAUAAUAAGAUUUGUCGAUUUUGCUUAUCGCAAGAUGAAUGUUUACAAAUCCUGAACAGUAGUGGGAUUAAUGAAAACCUCGUGAAUGUAGUUGAGUUUAUCGUUUCAAAGGUGGACGAGAACGAUGGUUUACCUAACAACAUAUGUAUUCAAUGUGUUCAAAUCGUGGUCAGCUAUACUGAAUUCGAAUUACGUUGUCAGGAAGCCUACGAUAUUUUGCAGCAAGUAAAUCGUUUUCAUACAGAUUCGGAAGAAGGAAUAGACAAAAGUAGCGAGCAUGUCGUACUCCACAACGACAUUGAAAGUGACCAUAACGAGAUUAUAUACGAAUCCAAGAAUGAGUUGACCGUGAGUGAACACCUUUCGAGCUGUGCCUAUAAAUCUCCGGAAGUACUAGAACCUGACAAAGGUAUCCAAGCAAAAGUAACAGAUUCUAUCAAACAGCCAGGAACCACUGUCAAAAAAGGAAAAAUUUGUCCGGUUUGUGGGAAAAUCGUUUCUCAGCUAAGCAAACAUCUUCCGACACAUUCUAGCGUAAGGAAAUACCGUUGCCCCCACUGCUCCAAGAGAUUCGCUCACGAUAGCACGUGCAAAAAGCAUAUAAGAUCUGUUCAUCUCAGAAUCAAAAAAUACCAUUGUGAACUCUGCUCGGAAUCAUUCGCAGAUCGUAGCUCUAUGCGUUAUCACGAUUUAGCAAAGCACAGGAACGAAAAGAAAUUCACUUGCACUUUGUGUGAUAAGUCUUACUAUACAUCCACGGGAUUACAGCAACAUAACAGUUUAAGCCACGAACAGCGCAAAUAUAGAUGCGAGGAGUGCGGGAAAAUGUUUGCAAUGAAAUAUCACCUAAAAGAACACGAAAGGACUCAUUCCGAUAGCAGACCAUUCGAAUGCACGCAUUGCAGCAGAACUUUCAAACGAGUAAAAAACUUGAAAGAACAUUUAUCCACACAUAGAGAUGAAGUUCAGUGAACGAGAAAAAAUGGGAAAUAUAUAAAGCUGCAAAAGUA